CGAGGUGGAUAUAUAGGAAUGGCUAACGUGUCCAGUGUCACAGCGUUUCAGCACCCGUUGUGAGCAGAGCAAAGGCGUCCAGCGAAAGUUUCUGCCGAUCAGAAAGCCACUGCCUGCAAAGCUUUUUAUCGAAACUAGGGCUAUAUAGUAUUUUUUCUGCCAACCAGGUUCUAACGCAGCCUAGACCUUCGCCUGUGUUCACAUGGAUAACCCAACCGUAGAGAACGACUCCAGCAACAGUGGCUCUGACGAGGGGACGCCAACAGGCAGCGUGGAACACGGCACCCAUCAGAGCUCUACAACGCGACCUCGGCAUUCACACACGCCGGAAGAGGACGAACGCGAGCUGACCUCAGAUUCCGCGCAGUCUGAACGAUCGUUGCCGCAGGCCGGAUGUUCUCAAGAAAUGAGUCCAACAUCAUGUUGCAGUUCCGCUGACGUCCAGUCUGAGGCCGCCGGAGGCAGCCGUGACAGCAUUCUUGGAGGCCGCCCGGCGACCGCGCCGCCCAUGCCCAAGGACCUCAUGCGCGAGCCGUUCUUGCAGACCUAUUCGGACAGCCAGAUCGAUCUAGCAGCACGACGCCUGAGGGUAAUCAAGGUCACCUGCAAACGUGCUGAGGCGGAGGGCCUGCCCUUGGAUCCGGCCGCUGCGGCUCGAACAGCGGCUGCCGUGCAACAGGAAGAUCUCGAGAAGGCGGAAACGGCGAGCGCGACGCCGUCCACGCGCAACCCACGUGGGCAUCCCAGGGGGACUAGUGCGGGUAGGGAGUCGACAGUAACUGGCAGCGGAAGUAGUUCAUGGAUCAUUGCAGAAGACAUGGACGUAGCUAGUACUCAGUCGUACCACCCAGAGGAUGACACUUUACCUGUGGGUUGGUUGCCCCGUAAUUACGUGCGCUACUGUCACGCCCGUAGCCGCGGCUGGUUUCAUAGAUACAGAUUUCCGAUAAUCUGGUGUAUCGCCAUCGUCGGGGCAGUGCUUGGUUUUAUUUUACUCGGUUUGCUUCUGCAGUACAUCAAGCGUGGGAAUCAAAGCCAGGGCAUGACUCCCACUGAAUCAGCAGCUUGGACAAUUUCACAGCCUACUAGCGGUGAUUCCGAUGACGAAGGUCAACCGCGAAUGAAGGCUUUCCUCUGAGUCAGGUGGGGUGCUCCCAGGAGGCAAGCAACGUUAAGAAUCUUCACCAAUGAAACCACGCUCCUGUUUGUAUCGUGUCUUUCCCCUAUAGGACCAGGACGCCAUGCUGGCUAUCCGUGUGUAUUUUUUACCGCAAGACACCAAUGCUGGUUUUAAUAAAGCAAUAUUGCACGUCAUGGA